AUGACCACCAAAACCGGCGUGGAUUACAGUGUUUGGGAUCACAUCUAUGUGUCGGACGAUGAAGACGUGACGCAUCCAAACGUCGACACUCCGAGUUUAUACAGAAUGAGACACCGGGCCCGUUUGGAGAGGAUGGCUGAGUUUCAGCAGAGAGGGGAGGAUUUGGAAAAUAACAUAGCAGACUGCAAGAGUCGCAUAGAAGAGGCCCAGGGACGACUGAGGGGGCUGGAAGACCGAGAUGGAGUGAAAGAGGGAGAGGAGGAGGAUGAGAGAAAAGCCGAUCUGGAUAAGACUAAAGCAGAGAUUAAAAAACUGAGGAAAGAUGAGGAAUUACUUGAGAAAAUGAUGGCAGAAUAUCGGAGAGAGGAAAAGAAACUUCCCUGGAAUGUUGACACCCUCAGCAAAGAUGGCUUCAGCAAGAGUGUGCUGAACAUCAAACAUGUUGCCAAGGAAGAGACGGAGGAAGAAAAAGAAGAGAAACACAAAAACUUUGUAGACAAGCAUGAGAAGCAAAUCAAGCACUUCGGUAUGAUGCGGCGCUGGGACGACAGUCAGAAGUACCUGUCAGACCACCCUCACCUGGUGUGUGAAGAGACUGCCAAUUAUCUAGUCGUCAUGUGUAUUGAUUUGGAAGUGGAAGAGAAACAUGCAUUGAUGGAGCAAGUGGCCCACCAGACCAUUGUGAUGCAGUUUAUCCUUGAGAUGGCUCAGGCACUGCAGGUUGACCCACGGGGCUGCUUCAGACAGUUCUUCUCCAAGAUAAAGAUCGCAGAUAAACCAUACCAAGAUGCGUUCUUCACUGAGCUUGAGUCACUGAAGGAGCGAGUUCGGGAUUGUGCUCGGGUUCGCAUAGAGAAUGCUAUGAAGGCGCGUGAGGAGGAGGAGAGGCAGAAAAGACUAGGUCCAGGUGGCUUGGACCCUGUGGAGGUCUACAACUCUCUUCCUAAGGAAAUGCAAAGGGGCUUUGAUGAAAAGAACAUCCAGAUGCUGCAGGAUGCCAUCAGCAAACUGGACCUUACGGAGGGAAAAUACCACAUGAUGAGGUGCAUUGACUCUGGACUCUGGGUUCCUGACAUGGGGAGAGACGAUGAUGAUGAUGAUGAUGAAGAGGAGGAGGAAAGGGAAGAAAAUGAAGAAAGCCCCUAA